AUGGGGGUGCACGAAUGUCCUGCCCUGCUGCUGUGGCUGUCCUUGCUGCUGCUUCCUCUGGGCCUCCUAGUCCUGGGCGCCCCCCCACGCCUCAUCUGUGACAGCCGAGUCCUGGAGAGGUACAUCCUGGAGGCCAAGGAGGCCGAGAAUGUCACGAUGGGCUGUGCAGAAGGCUGCAGCUUGAGUGAGAAUAUCACCGUCCCAGACACCAAAGUUAACUUCUAUGCCUGGAGGAGGAUGGAGGUCGGGCAGCAGGCCAUAGAAGUCUGGCAGGGCCUGGCCCUGCUCUCAGAAGCCAUCCUGCGGGGUCAGGCUCUGUUGGCUAACUCCUCCCAGCCAUCAGAGACCCUGCAGCUGUAUGUGGACAAAGCCGUCAGUGGCCUGCGAAGCCUCACCUCCCUGCUUCGGGCACUGGGAGCCCAAAAGGAAGCCACCUCACCUCCAAAUGCAGCCUCAGCUGCUCCACUCCGAACAUUUACUGUUGAUACUUUGUGCAAACUUUUCCGAAUCUACUCCAAUUUCCUCCGGGGAAAGCUGAAGCUGUACACGGGGGAGGCCUGCAGGAAAGGGGACAGGUGA